CUUGUCUUGGAAACCCUCUUCAGCGAACCAGAAACUCAGACUUUGAAGUUUUCUCGUCUGCAAACAUGCUCGAACACAUCUCAGCCCUCCUCAGAAGCGCCAACACUAUGGCAAACAUGGGCCUACUCCGCGAAGGUGUCGCGCCAUCGCCCUUUGACCGCGAGCUCAUCAACGAAUACUCGUGCCUUCUUGAUACUGAACUGGGGCAUGUACAAGCAAAGAUCUGUCAACUGAACUCUGUCCGCGAUCAGAUCGUCGCCCAGCUCGCCAUUAGUCGCUCCCUCGUCGCUCCUGUUCGCCGCCUUCCUCGCGAAAUCCUCGCCGAAAUUUUUCUCCAUUACUUCAAGGCAGAGAAAUCCAAUCCUACGAAGAUGAUCAGCUACGCUGUGGCACCAGUAUGCUAUACGUGGUGGAUGGUCGCGCGAUCCGCAACCGCGCUUUGGACCAAUAUCUCACUGGGUCCCUCUGCAGCUCGUAUGCGUCAUCAUCUCGAUGCUUGUGUCGAUCUAUCUGGGUCGCGUGAACUCGAUAUAUACGCCUUCGAUGGAUUCCGCCAUGCAGAGGUCAUCCCGCAGCUCGCACAGCUUGCGCCGGCGUGGAUACGAUGGCGGACCCUAUGGCUGCCUCUCCAUCACAUCGAGAGCCUCAAUAUCCCGUUCCAAAAGCUCACGUGUCUCGAGAAAGUGGCAUGCUAUUGCCCUUCAUACAGUCGCGAUCGGAAAAUUCUGCAUGAUUUGUCUCGUGCGGGUCGCGUUCGGCAACUGCACCUCGAGGACUUUGGCGAUCUACCUGGACUUCUCUUGCCAUCAUUGUGCUUCCUCACGCGACUCUCUCUUACCAGCAGCUAUUGUAGCUUCAGAAUCAUCAUUCCACUUCUCGGACAGUGCAGCGCGACCUUGGUACAUCUGUACGUGUCGUAUGCACAGGACCGUACCUCCUCCACUUCGAUCUCUCGUCAUACCCCAGUGCUCCUGCUCAAACUGGUCUCCAUAAAUCUGUGUCAGCUUGCGCAUGAGAUUUUGCCAUUCCUCAAAGCUCCGGACCUCAAGUUCAUAACUCUUCAGCGUGGGGGUCAUGGAUUCGGGAACGCCUUCGAAUCUUUGGAUGCCUAUCUUUCCCUUUCAGGGUUUUCUAUCCAGUGCCCCCAACGCUUGUCGUUCCUUGAGUAUACUGUCCCUCAUGCACCAGCGGGAACGCAGAACGCCAUCACACGCUUACUUGGUAGUUGCCUCGAGCGACUGAACGACCUUCAAGAGCUGUGCGCCAUGGGGUGCGAGCUCGAUGCCGUGCUUGCAAAUCUCCCGGACGAACUCGUCGCGCGCUUGGGCUGCAUCAGCGGCCACGCUCCGCUACUUCCCAACCUUACCACCGUGACGUUGCGCACCGGGGCAGAGUCACCGCCACUGACGCCGGCAUCACGACGCGUUCUGCACGAUAUUAUACGAUCGAGGUCGACGCCUCGCAUCGUGUGCGGACGCGCCGUGGCGGCCCUCAAGCGAAUUGACGCCGACUUUGACCUAGGCGUCGACACAGCGAUAUAGUGCGUUCCAUGGCGGUGACCGUUUGCGGUUCAUUGUGAAGUACUGUGUUACCCUCCCUUCGUUAUUGGGUAUCACUCGGGAAAGGCAUAGGCGGUGAAGACAGGAAAAUAGGGCAUUACAAUGCCGGUGUGUACCAGUUCCUUCUCUUUCUCUUGUAUGUGGUCUACGGCUGUGUGGAGAGAACGAGGGUGAAGGGCGUAACGGUAAGGUAGUUCAUGGAUACGGCUACUUUGAUUCAUCGCCUACCUUCCAACGUGCUCCCCGUGUGUGCGUGAUAUA